GUUUUCAGUCCCAUUUUGCCUCUUUGAAAGCUUCAACGUCCCACGAUUGCGCAGUGCAUUGUAGUGGAAGGGCUGCACGAUGGUUGGGGACGGAGCCCUGCUGCUGGGUUUGGUGGAGGAAUUUGUAACCGGACUGCAGGAUAGUAAGGCCGCUGACACAGCAACAGGAGUGAAGAAAGGACAGUUUGCCGUGUUAGAGCUGGUGGAAGCAUUGGGGUCAAGUUUAACAAGCUCUGAGCCUCGAACUAGGGGCCGUGGGAUCCAGCUCCUCUCCCAGGUGCUGCAGCAAUGCUGUACCAGCCUAUCGGAGAAAGAAGUUCAGGUCCUGACAGCUUUUUAUGAAAACAGACUAAAGGACCAUUAUGUGAUAACGCCUCAUGUCUUGCAGGGGCUCAAGGCCCUGACUCUGUGCCCUGUGUUGCCCACUGGACUGGCCAUCUCUAUCUUGAAGUCUCUGUUUCAGGAUGUCCAUGUGCAGUCUCUGAUGCAGACAGACCGGUCCUGUGUUUACAACAUCCUGAUCAACUUGAUGGAGUCUCGUGAGGAGGAGCUAAAGGGUCUGGGUGCAGAUUUUGUAUUCGGUUUUGUCCAAGCGAUAGAUGGUGAGAAGGACCCCAGGAACCUGCUGCUGGCCUUCCAGAUUGCCCAAAAUAUUCUGUACAGGAACUAUGAGCUGGGAAGUUUUACAGAGGAGCUGUUUGAAGUGACUUCUUGCUAUUUCCCCAUUGAUUUCAAUCCGCCUCCAAACGACCCCCAUGGAAUCAGUCGAGAGGAGCUGAUUCUGAGCCUUAGGGCAGUGCUGUCUGGCACGCCCAGGUUCGCUGAGUUCCUGCUGCCGCUGCUGAUCGAGAAGCUGGAUUCAGAUGUACAGAGCUCUAAGCUAGACUCCCUGCAGACGCUGGCAGCCUGCGCCGCUGGCUACGGACACAAAGAGCUGAAAGAAUUCCUGCCGAGUCUCUGGUCAUCAGUUCGCAGAGAGGUGUUCCAGACAGCUAGUGAGAAGGUGGAGAGUGCCGGCCUCUCUGCCCUGCGCUCCAUCACAGCCUGCCUCUCUUGCUCCGUCCUUGACUCUGAUUCAGAGGACUCGCUCAACACCUUCCUCGACUUGGUUCUCAAAGAUUGCCAACACCACCUCUGUGAGCCAGACCUGAAGUUGGUUUGGCCGAGUACAAAACUCCUGCAGACUGCUGCCAGCGCCUCCUACAGGGCGAGUUAUAAAAUAACAGCUGCAGUGGUGCCAUUGCUGCUGGAGCAGUACAACAACCACACACAGAAUGCUCAGCGGCGCACCCUGGUGGAAGUGUUACAGGGGUUCAUCCAGCCCCCACGGGGGAGCCACACUGAGGAGGGAGAUGAAAACCCUCUUACUGGUUACCGGCAGCCCCUGUGUGCCCUGGUGUUCUCAGCUCUCACAGAGUCAAGCCCCGCACUGCAGACUGCAGCCAUUCGGACCCUGACUGCCCUGGGGACCCAGCCAGGCCUGCUCUCUGGGGAGGAUAUUGAUCUUGCUGCUGAUCACCUGACUCGACUGGUCCUGCGGGAGGAGGAGCCACAGACCUGCUCCGCAGCGAUGGAAGCUGCUGGCUCUCUGGCUCGUCUGCACCCCACCGCCUUCGCCUCCAGGAUGGUCCCGGCUCUAAAACAAGAGAUCUUAUCGGAAGCAAUGGAGGAGUGCGAGGGCCGCCCCACUGCACAGUCCCAGCAGGCACUGCGGCAGCGCAGUCUGAAAACUCUGUCGACGGUAUCAACUCACCCCAGCCUUGUCCAGGAGACUGUGCCUAUCCUACUGCAGGCCCUCAGCGUCUCCCACAAAGGAAGUUCCAGUUUUGAGCUGGAGGAAGUGGUGUCUGCAUGUCGUAGCCUACAGCAAAUCGCAGAGCUUGCCAAAGACAGUGAGGAGAGCGGCCGCUACUUCCACCAGACUGUCAUCCCACGCUUGCUGGGGCUGGCAGUACAGGCCUCCCUACAGGGUGGAGGUGCCCCAAACCCCCUGACAGAGGAGAGGGUGCUGUCUGCUAUGGUUCCUAUCUUCAGUACUGCCUGUGGCUACCUUCACACACAGCUGGCUGCCCACACUGCAUCCCUGGUUCUUUCCCUUUUCUUGGAUGGAGAUACCUCCUUCCUGCCUGAGAAUAACAUCCCACAGCAAUUCCACCUGCUGAAGGAGCGAUCUAACGGCUGGCCAGAGACUCAACUGGUGUGUCUCCUGAUGGCGUGUGUCUGUUCAUUGCCUAAGAGCAUGGAAGUUCCCAAUACUGACCGCCUCUUGAGCGAAUUGGAGGAGCUGAGCUGUUCCUGUGUCCACCCCUUCACCCACACAUCGGCAGCAAAGUGUUUCGCUGGACUGGUCAACAAACACCCAGCAGGGGAGCAGCUGGACACUAUUUUGAAGCGAUCUGUGAAGAGGAUUGAGUCUGGACUGAGCAGUGACUCGCCAAACAGAAUACAGGUUUUCACUCUGCUGCUGUGGGUGUCCAAGGCACUCCUCCUGAGGUACCAUCCCCUAUCCACAACACUUACUGAUAAGCUCCUGUCUCUCCUGGUGGACAGAGAGCUGGGCUCCCUGGCUGCCGAUGGCUUUGCCCUUCUGAUGAAUGACUCGACGGAUGUUUUAAAUCGAGCGUGCCAUGCUGACGUGCGCAUGAUGUACCGGCAGAGAUUCUUCACAGAGACGGCACCCAAAUUAGUUCUGGGGUUCAAUUGCGCCCCUGAAGAAAGGAAAUCCAGCUACUUGAAGGCCCUGUCCCACAUCCUCAACAGCUUGCCCAGGCAGGUCCAGAUCACAGAGCUACCCUCUCUGCUGCCCCUCCUAUUGGAGGCAUUGUGUUGUCCAGACCAUGGUGUCCAGUUGUCAACCAUAUCAUGCCUACACCCCCUCCUCCUGGACACCCCGCAAGUCAUGACCUCACACCUGGAGACCCUCCUAAGCCGACUCCUGGGGCUGACCGCCAGCCCAGCUAUGAAAGUCCGGGUCAUAUCUCUGCAGUGCUUGAAGGCACUAACCAGGCUCCCUGAGCAUGUGGUGCUGCCGUCCCGCCCGCGGAUGCUCCGUGCUCUGGCUGUGCCUCUGGGUGAUAAGAAGCGGCUGGUGAGGAGGGAGGCAGUGCUUGCGCGAGGGGAAUGGUUUUUGCUGGGAAGCCCAGGAAGGUGAACUGGCACCUGGGAGACUUCUUGUAAGAUGGACAAUCUCACUAGAGAGGCCCGGGGAGUUGGGAGGGCUGCUCGGAUGCCCCCAUCUCUUAACCCAUGUCCAGACUCACUGAGACUCCGGACCCAGGCCUCCCGGGCCUUGCUGCACCAGAGCCUUUAACCCUCUUAUUAAUAUCUAGAAUUAAAACCUUUAUUUAACCUGCUAUUCAUAAAGAAGCACACCAAGACUGCACAGCUAAGUCUACUUCCAAGUGUCCCAGUCACAAAUAUGGGAACUUUUUAAAUGACAGAAGUAUUUGUUUUAAACUCAUGAGCACAGCCAAGGAAAUUAGAAAGUACUGUAAAGCCAUAAAUAUUUGCAACCAAAAUAUGACUAAUCACACCCAUAAAACCUAUUUUGCUCCAGAAAUGUUGGCGACCUGUUGCAAUAUAUGAAGUAUGUAUUGUUAGUGUAAUUUGAUAUUCUUUUUUUUCCCCCCCAUACGUGAAACAUGCAUAAAAGGCUUGCAAAUAUUUAUGACUUUACAGUAUACACAGUAUGUCUAUAAAUUAACAUGUCAAUAAAUUUUGGUUUUUUUUCUAAGAUUA